AUGUCGGGAAGCGACACCUUGGACUGUCUUUCCAGCUACUCCGCUGUUGCGGGGCUGCUCACAAAGAAAGUGGUGGUGGUUCAUCCCAUCGUGCUGCUGUCUGUUGUUGACCACUACAACCGCGUAGCGAAGGGAACGAACCGGAGGGUGGUGGGAUGCGUACUAGGAGAAGUAAUAGGAGAAGAGUGGCAUGCAACAAACUCCUUCGCUCUUCCUUUUGAAGAAGACAGCAAAGACCCAAACGUCUGGUUUUUAGAUGCAGAUUACUUGCAGCAACUCUUCUGCAUGUUUAAAAAAGUGAAUACUUUGGAGAGGAUAUUGGGUUGGUACAGCACGGGGCGCGAUGUAAAAAUUCAAGAUUUGCAAAUCCACGAGAUAUUUCGUUCGCACUGCCCAAACCCUUUCUUUCUUCUUGUUGAUGUUGACCCCAAGGACAUGGUAGUGCCAGCAAAGGCGUACUGCGCAAUUGAGGAGCCGACGGCAUCCAAGGCGUUUCGAAAAUCUUUCGUUUAUGUUGCAUGCACAAUAGGGGCGUAUGAGGCUGAGGAAGUUGGCGUUGAGCAUUUGCUGCGAGACACAAAAAAUGCAUCCACCUCCACACUGGCAACCAAGGUUGGAGAUCAGCUGGAGACGCUGAAGAUGUUGGCGCGUCGUCUUCGUCUGAUUGCUGAAUAUUUGAGUGAUGUAGCAGAAGGCAAUAUUAAAGGCAACGCCAGCAUCAUAUAUCAUGUGCAGGAGAUCUUCAACUUGCUGCCAGACACCGCACGCCCCGAAUUGCUGAAGGCAUUUGCGACGCAAACCAACGACAGCAUGAUGACGUUGUAUCUGGCAAGCGUGGUUCGGUCGGUGCUGGCGCUGCACAAUUUGAUUGACAACAAAAUUCAAAACAAAAGAGAUGCGGAAAUGAAAGAGAAGGAAGCGACGAAGGCGGAAGAAGAAAAACAAAAAAAAGCGAUAGAAACAGAAACACGUGCAUAA